AAUUAACUUCGUGAAAACUCGCGUGGCAUUCGUGAAAGUUCGCGUGGCAUUCGUGACCUUGCGCUGACUUUGAAAGAUCAAAUCAUUUUCCAAACAGACAAAAUUAUUUUCCACCAAAGAUUCUCAGAUUUGCAUCCUCAUUUCCGGGAAAAGUGAUGGCACUCAAUAAGCUGAGCAUUGAGAAGCUAGAUUUGGCGGGAAAACGUGUCCUUAUGAGAGUGGACUUCAAUGUUCCCAUCAAGGAGGGUAAGAUCACGAGCAACCAGAGGAUUGUAGCUGCCCUGGAUAGUGUAAAGUAUGCCCUGGAUAAGGGUGCAAAAUCCGUGGUGUUGAUGUCACAUCUUGGACGUCCGGAUGGGUGCAAAAAUGCAAAGUACACCCUAGCCCCGGUGGCUGAUGAGCUGAAAACUCUCCUGGGGCGCGAUGUGAAGUUCCUCAGUGACUGUGUGGGCUCAGAAGUGGAAGCAGCAUGCCAGGAUCCCGCUCCUGGGAGCAUUAUCCUCCUGGAGAAUCUUCGUUACUACGUGGAGGAAGAGGGAAAGGGUGUCGAUGCCACGGGGGCGAAGGUUAAGGCUGCCCCGGAAAAGGUAAAAGCCUUCCGGGAGAGUCUCCGGAAAUUGGGUGAUGUGUACGUGAAUGAUGCCUUUGGGACGGCGCAUAGAGCACACAGCUCAAUGAUGGGUGAGGGCUUCCCGGAACGUGCUGCUGGAUUGCUCCUAAACAAGGAACUCAAAUACUUCUCUCAGGCUCUCGAUAACCCACCACGACCCUUCCUUGCCAUCCUCGGUGGUGCCAAGGUGGCCGAUAAGAUUCAACUGAUUGAGAAUCUGCUGGAUAAAGUCAAUGAGAUGAUUAUUGGUGGUGGCAUGGCAUUCACCUUCCUCAAAGUUCUCAACGGGAUGAAGAUCGGUGGAUCCCUGUUUGAUGAGGAAGGUGCCAAAAUUGUCCAGAAUCUCGUGGACAAGGCCAAGAAGAACAACGUUCAACUCCAUCUGCCCGUGGACUUUGUGACUGGAAGUAAAUUCGCCGAAGAUGCUACCGUUGGGGAGGCAACUGUUGAAGCUGGUAUCCCCGAUGGGUGCAUGGGAUUAGAUGUUGGUCCCAAAUCUCGUGAACUCUUUGCCGCUCCCAUCGCACGGGCCAAGAUUAUCGUCUGGAACGGCCCACCGGGUGUCUUUGAAUUCCCCAACUUUGCCCAGGGCACCAAGUCCUUCAUGGACAACGUCGUAGCUGCCACAAAAGCGGGAUGCGUCUCCAUCAUUGGGGGUGGUGAUACGGCGUCGUGCUGUGCCAAAUGGGGCACCGAGAGUGCAGUUUCGCACGUCUCAACUGGCGGAGGAGCUUCCUUGGAGCUUCUUGAGGGUAAAACUCUUCCCGGAGUAGCUGCUCUGAGCAAUGCCUAAACAGCUGGUCAUAUCCCAUAAAUAAAUCUGUGUAUCCCACUCCAUUUAGGCCCCAUUGGGCGGUAAAAAAAAUCCAUUGAAAUUGGCGUGAUUGUCUCUCGAUGAGAAAUUAAAAUGAAAAUGUUAAAAAACGGA